AUGACUUUCAAAUCAUUACAGUUCCCUCGCUUGAGGCGUCUAUUCGUACCAGUAUCGUUGGCACUGUUUGUUCUCUUCCUCGUCUUCUCGACAAAGCUAUUUUUCCCAGGUGCUGCCCAAACUGCCUGGCUGUCACGUCUGGUCCCUGGAUCUGCCAGAGAUAAGAGACCAAGCUCUCCCCCGCCCACACUCCCGGAGCUCAAGUUGCUAGGACUUGACAGUAUUACAGGCAACUCGACAGCAUCCGAUGGGCAACAGUAUUGUAACGACCGCUUCGGGCCCACAUACCUCACCAACCUCCGAGACAAUUCCAUCGAGUACUGCGCCGCACCGGAUCAAGACAGGUCUUCUCGUCUAACUUGCUUCCACAGCCAUGUGCGAGGCAAGGGCUCCGAGGAUUCGCUCUGCAUCGCCCAGGGCGCCGUGCUGGACCCGAGCAAGAAAGGAUUCGUUCUGAACUGUGACCCGCGGGCCCCGACGUUGGAGGAGACGAAGCGUGGGCUCAUUUCUUUCCAGCAAAUCAGAAGCUAUUGGUACAAUACAGGACCGGGGGUAGUAUUUGGUAAUUAUGUCGGCUUCGUCGACAAGCCGUUCAAAAAGGUUCAAGACGACGGCAUUGCUACCAAGAAGCAACAGCGGCCGCCCAUAAGCAUCUUGGUCAAACGCGAGGGCUCUGCUCAUCCCUGGCACUCGCUCAUGGAAAUAUGGGCUCUGACGCACACAAUGGACGUGCUGAGGUUAAGCGCGAACCCUGACGCUCUCGGGGCGCCUUUCUACACGCCAGACGAUGUCGCAAGGGCUCAGGUCGUCAUUCUAGACGACGCCGAGGACGGUCCGUUUUUUGACCUCUGGACAAUAACAGCAGGGCAAAAGCCCGUCCGACUGUCCGCCGCACUCGACGCUUUGCAACACAGCGAAAAGCCAUCAUCGCCCGACACCGCACUGGUAGCCGCGCCAGGGCAGCCGCACAACAUCGUCGUCCCGCUCGCCGGUGCCGCGAACCCCCUGUGGCAGAACGACUGGGAUGAGCGCAACUGCAGCGACGCGUCGCUGGUCAAGCUGUUUGUCCGCCGCGUGCUGCACCACCUGGGCGUGGAUUCCUUCAAGCCCAAGCCCGCCAACGUUUUGCAAAAGAAGCUCAGGGUGACGUUUAUCGACCGCCGAGGCAGCCGCAAGCUGCUGGGCCAGGAGCGGCUCCUCGACGCGGCGCGCCGGGCCUACCCCGACGUGCAGGUGCGGAGCGUCGACUUUGCCACGCUGUCGUUUGUCGAGCAGAUCCGGCUCGUGCGCCACGAGACCGAUGUCCUGGUCGGGGUGCACGGCGCUGGGCUGACGCACGUCAUGUUUCUCCGGGCUGCGUCGGAGGCUGUCGGCGGCGGGGCCAUUGUUGAGAUAUUGCCAGACGUGAUGAACUACAAGGGUUUUCGUAACCUCGCGUACAUGUUGGGCCACGAUUAUUUCAGCGUAAAGGCAAGACGAUCCCGAAGGAGAGUGCAGAUAAGGGAAAAGAUGGAAUUCACAAAGUUACAGCUGCUGUCAAUACAGGUCCGAUAG